AUGAGCUUCCACGUGCUAAAGCGAGGCGUGCGCAGCAGUCGCCAGGCGGUGCGCUGCAUGCGUGUCAACGUCGCCCGAAUCGCGUCUGCGCGGGUCGAUAUGCUGGCCGCUAAGUCCGAGGCGCGCACCUUUUCUAUCGUUCCGAGCGCCGCGCGACGGCGCGAGAGUUGUCUGCGCUCGCAGACGCUGACGUUGCUCCGCGCGUUCUCCUCCGCUGGUGCCGAUGUUGUGCAUGUGCCGUCGAUGGGCGACUCCAUCUCGGAAGGAACAGUAGUCGAGUGGCUGAAAGCUCCUGGUGACUCUGUGGACGCCGACGAGGUAGUUGUGAUUAUAGAGACUGACAAGGUCAGUGUUGACGUGCGCGCGCCGGUGUCUGGUGUCCUGGAGGCCCAGCUGGCUGCGAUCGACGAGAACGUGCUGGUCGGUGCGCCGCUUUUCAGUGUUGUGAAGCAGGCCGCUGGUAGUACGCAAGCGGCUGCAUCGCCUCCUGCAGCGAGUUCUUCUCCCGUGGAGAAAGCAGCGACCUCUGUUGGCGAGGACCUCGAGACCAUUAAUGUGCCGUCUAUGGGCGACUCGAUCUCGGAGGGCACGAUUGCGAGUGUUCUCAAGAACGUCGGUGAUUACGUGCGCGCUGACGAGGCUGUCCUCAUCGUCGAAACUGACAAAGUAAGCGUGGAUGUCAACGCUCCAAUGUCUGGUAAAAUCACAAGUGUGUUGGCGAAAGUCGAGGAUGUGGUGGAAGUGGGGGCACCUCUCUUUGUGAUCGACAAGGCUGCUUCCGCACCGGUUGAGUCUGCGUCCCCCGCGUCUUCUCCAGCUGCGCCUGCUCAGAACGCCCCGGCUUCCGAACCGAAACAUUCGGCGGCGUCGGCGGCGUCCUCGUCGAAGCCGUCGACUCCAUCCCCGGCCACCUCGUCGAAGUCGUCAGCUUCUUCUCCAGCUGCACCGACGACGCCGACCCUGGGCCAACGCAGCCGCAACGAAACGCGUGUUCAGAUGAGCGCGCUGAAGCUCCGCGCUUCGCAGCGAUUGAAGGAUACGCAGAACAGCGCUGCAAUGUUGUCAACGUUUCAGGAAUGCGAUUUGGGCGAGCUGAUUGCCUUGCGUGAUGAGCUAGGUGAGAGCUUUGAGAAGGCUCAUGGUGUCAAGAUUGGCAUCAUGUCAUCUUUUCUCAAGGCUAGCGCGCAGGCGCUUCAGCGCAUUCCGGCAGCGAACUCCUUCGUCGACAUGGACGCCAAGGAAGUCGUGUACAAUGACUUCGUCGAUAUCAACGUGGCAGUGGCUUCGGAGCGCGGAGUUGUGAUGCCUGUCAUCCGUAACGUCGAAAGGCUGAGCGUGGUCGACAUCGAGAAGACACUGGCAGCUCUGAGUGAGCAGGCCCGCGACGGCACGUUGGCACUAGAAGACUUGGCGGGUGGGACCUUUACGAUCUCGAACAGCGGCGUGAACGGAGCGCUGUUGAGCACCUCGAUGCUGACAGCGCCGCAGUCUGCUGUUCUGGGCGUGCAUGGCGUGAAGAUGCGCCCGACGGUGCACGCAGGCAAGGUGGUGCCGCGCCCUAUGAUGUUUCUAUCUCUGACGUACGAUCACCGCAUCAUCGACGGACGAGAAGGUGUGACUUUGCUGAAAAGUAUCGCUGAGGCAAUCAGUGAUCCACGCCGCCUGCUUUUGGACAUGUAA